AUGAUAACAAUAACUACUGUUGGAUAUGGUGAUUUGGCACCGGCAACACCUGGUGGACGUAUCAUUGCUUGUUUUUGUGCUAUAAGUGGAACAGGUACAAUUGCUAUGCUUACUUCAAUACUUGUUGAUCGGUAUCAACGAGUAUAUAAUCGUCGAUUAUAUAUUAAACCGAAAGAAAUUCAUUUUGACGAUAUUUUCAACAAUGAAUCAGGUGAUCUUGAAUUGAAACCUCGCAGACAAGAUCGAUACAGUCAAACUCUCAAUGAUAUUCAUGAUGUGCAAGAACAACAACAACAACAACAACAAGAUAUUCUACGAAUCGAUCAAGAUCAGUAUCCUACCCAAAAAAAGGAUAAUGAAGAAAAUUCUGAUUCAUCAGUCACAAAUACAAUCGAUCAUAAUGAAAAUCAAAUCCACUUCAUAGAACAUGAUUUACCGAAUACAAUCAGCGCAGUGUAUUAUAACAAAAACCGCGCCGACAGUAAUAUGGAAUUUGACUCGAACUCGAAUAAUACGGAAUUUCAUAUAACAUGUCGUAGUACUAGUGGUGAAUUUUCAUUUCAUCGAAAAGUCAAAUUUUGA